AUUAAACAAUAUCGAUUUAACCUUAACGGUUAGCAUUUUAACUUUUGGUGUUUUCUCUACAACCAUCAUCGAAUUAAUUUAUUUAAAUAUUGACAGUAUUAAUAGUCCUGUACAGCCAAGCGAUUCUCCUACAUUUACAGAUACUCCUCCACCUACAAGUAGUCCAUUUUUACCUGACUCUCCUGCUAGAUCAUCAGGAAAUAUAGUCCAUAAUAGUACACUUGAUCACCUACCAGGAGAUGUAACUUACUCCUUCCAAGAAGGUGAUUACUCUUUUGUGGAUGAAAGUGCAAUUUCACCUAAUUCAAAAGCAAAACCUAAAGUUAAGACCAAGAAGAAUAAAAGCAUUAUUAUACCAAAUAAACCGUUAUC